AUGUCGAAGAGCAAUAACAAGAGCCCGUCAUCACCCGUGACGGACGAUAUAGACGAAGACCCCUUCUCACACUUCCUAUCUCCUGUACUCGAUGAAGAUGAUCCGUUUGACGGCCUCGACUACAACGCUGGCAUCGAUACACCCUUCGACGAGGAAGUGGAGCAAAAGCGAACGACAUUCCGUGUCAGAUUGGAGCAGAAAUGGGGCGACUUCUUGUCGGCACGCCGCUCGCCGUCGCCGCAAAAGUCACAACAGACACCGCCUAGGACACCGCCGUCAGAAGAUCAGCUGCCUGAACUCAUUAUCGACGACCUCGAGGGCUUUGGAUCACCUUCGUCUUCGCCACCUACUCGCCGCCCACACUUAACAACACUAAAAGAUAUCAUCCACGAGGAAGAUGAGGAAGAAGCAGAUGGCUGGGAGGCAGAUCGCCGACGCAGCCGUAUCCUGCGCCGCAAGAACAACUUUCACCUCGAUGAACAAGACAGACCUGUCACUGCACCUUCACGAACACAUCGUCCCAAACUUCAACGUCCUAGAUACAAGAGGUUCAGGACUUUGAGUGGUAGACCCCAUUCUUUCGUGGCACCAUCACCUCAUCUUUGGACUGUGAGUGAGCAUGAUGAAAUCCUCGAGCAAUUGAGAAAUGAGACGAGGGGGAGAAGAUCUAGUCGAUGA